AUUAUAAUUCUCUUGUACUUUUCAGGCUAAUUAUUGGAAAAGUUUUACCAAACAUGGUAAAAAUGUAACUAAUUUUACAAAGGAUUUUCAACUAAAAAUUAAUUACACUUACACUCUGCCUUAUUCGGGUAGUAAAAAAUCUGGAAAUGAUUAAUUUCGAGCGAUAUUCUUCAAAUACGCAUUACUCCAAGUUUAAUUUUAGCGCAGUUAUUUUAAGAGUGGAUGUUUUGGACUGAAUUUUAAAUUAUAUAAGACCGGCGUACACGUCUAAUAUUUACAAAUCGAAAAGAAAAACAGAAUGCAAAAAGGCUGUUGGAAAGUUGAUGAAAACGACGAAGGUAGUGUUUCGAGUACAUUUUACAAGCGUGAUAAACACCAUAAAUUCUCUCACGAAUUAUGGACCGAAAUGUAUAAGUCCAAAAAUACGGGCUCGAAAGCCGUUUACAUUGACUUGGAAGACGAAGAGCAAAGAGACGAGGAGCGGCAGUACUCGCAAUGGUCCCAACUACCCGACCUACUCUUGGAAAAAAUCUUCUCCUAUUUGUCAAUCCGCGAAAAAUAUUACGCGAGUUUAGUAUGCAAGUCAUGGUACCGUGCCUUUCAUUUGCCCUAUGUGUGGUCCCAGUUUGUGCUCGAGGACAACACACUGACCCGAGGAAGGUUCAACUAUUACUCAGGGUGGCAAUACGUCUUGGACCACUUGAGAACCCAAAACUGCCUCUCACAAGUCGGUCGCAAUUUCCGUAAAUUGACAUUCGAGCCGAUGCUCAAUUUCUACAACUUGUAUGAAUUCAUGAACAUGGUGUCGUGGUGCACGGAACAGUCGCAGAAUAAAGACAAUCCGGAAUUUGGAGUCGGCAAAAAUAUCCACACCUUGAAAUUCACAUUUCCGUGCAAUAUGACCAACAGAGACGACACGGAAAGAAUCCGACUUUUCGGAACUGGGGGCAAACUGUUGGCAGCCCUAAAGCGACUCAUGUCAAAUUUGAAAAAACUGAAACGAUUGGAAUUAAUCGACUUGAUGUUGGACCCCAAAGAAGCGCAAUUUCUSUUAGACGAAGUCUGCGAGGGCUGUUGCUUGACCUUGGACACCUUAUCAGUGAUUAACACGACUCGUAUCCAAUAUGAGUUGUUUCACGUCGGUGUUUUCCUAAAUUUACAAGUUUUGUACAUCAGUCCGCAAAAUUUGGGCGAUGACAUAAUCGAGCUUCUUAGCCACACAAAAAUAAAACAUAUUCAUAUUUUACAAAAUAGGUACACUCCUAACGACAUUAAUAUAAAACCAGUGGGUUUCAAGACUUGGAAAGUGGCCCGCAAAAAUAAUCCCGAAUUGAGGGUUCACUUACAGCUCGAAAGUCUCAAAGAAAAACCCCUAAUCUGGCAACAAGGGGCCCCUGUCAGUACAGUACUUUACGACUCGCCCCACAUUAUGUUGAGAGAGGAUGCUUUAAUGACUGCUAUUGAAUUCUACAAAGACACUCUUCGAGUUUUUGGCCAUAAAAAUAUUCCCCGAUUUCAUCGAAAGAAAUCGUUUGAUGAGAGAGUUGACAGUAGUUUGAUGCUCCUUGUACGGCAAUGUUCUUACUUAAAUACUUUAGUUGUUACUGAAAGAAUUUCAACCGCAACGGCUCUACUGUUGGCUUACACCGGCAAAAACUUGAAAUAUCUAUUUAUUAGAGGAAACGCUGUGAUAAUACGUUGUGAUUGGGAACAAAAUCCCGAGUGGAGCGACGAAUUUUACACCUGGCUUAAAAUAAAUAGUCGUUCGUAUGAAUUAGUAGAAAAAGAAAUCAGUCAAAUUAUGGGACGGAGAUGGCAGUUCUUGAAUGAUAAACAAUUUAAAAAGUUGCACUGCAAUUUGCACGAGUUUUAAAUUCAUAUUUUGAUUAUUACUUAUUGCUUGGCUUUGCAUUUUGGUUUAUUUUAAAGAUAAGUUUUUGGUAAUCGAUAAUUUCAUACAGAGCGUUAAGUGAAUAAUAAAAGGAUGAUUUAUUUACGUAACACUCUGUAAAAGGUGUUUCAGUAAUARACAAUUCUAAAACACCUCUAUAUUUAAGAAAAUGCAUUGUUUGUUUCAUGUGCAAAGAAUUCAAUGAUCAUUUUCUUUGUUUGAAAAAUUGGGAUUACUGAAUUUAUACAGAAUUCAUGUUUCACUUUUUCCAAAAAUGAUGACACCUGAAUUUCUUUGAAAACUGAGAAAUCGUCACAGCCACCCGUGCGAGUAUUUUUUAAAUAAAAAUUUUACAUUUAUUAAAAUAAGAGAUUUCUUUCUCUUGUACAUGAAAUAGGCGUUGCUUCUUAAACAAACCCACAGUGUGAUACUAUGUAAAUUUGUAAAACUUAACGCGGAUAAGUGUCAAUUUACAUUUCUACUUGAAUAAAAAUACCCAU